CACAUUACAGGAGCUAGGCGGGUAUAAAGUGAGAAGACAUCUGCGUGCUGCCCCUCCUGUCCGCAGCCUGCAGUCCCGGUUCCGCGCCGCCCACUCACCUGCACCCGACCUGCUUGUGCCCAGGUAAAUCGGGCCCGAGCCCUUCUGUGCGUGCCUCGCGGCUGCCCUGGGAGGGGAAGGAGGAUGCGCUGCAGCCUGGCCCCGCAGAAGGGAGGGCAGACGCGGAUCCCCGCUCCGAUCGCUGGUAGCUCAUUGCACCAUGUGUGGCAUUUGGGCUCUCUUUGGCAGCGAUGACUGCCUUUCUGUUCAGUGUCUGAGUGCUAUGAAGAUUGCACACAGGGGUCCAGAUGCAUUUCGUUUUGAGAAUGUCAAUGGAUACACCAACUGCUGCUUUGGAUUUCACCGGUUGGCAGUGGUCGACCCCCUGUUUGGAAUGCAGCCAAUUCGACUGAAGAAAUAUCCUUAUUUAUGGCUCUGUUACAAUGGUGAAAUCUACAACCACCAGAAGCUGCAACGCCAUUUUGAAUUUGAAUAUCAGACCAAAGUGGAUGGUGAGAUAAUCCUUCAUCUUUAUGACAAAGGAGGAAUUGAACAAACGAUUUGUAUGUUGGAUGGGGUAUUUGCAUUUAUUUUACUGGAUACAGCCAAUAAGAAAGUGUUCCUGGGCAGAGACACCUAUGGAGUCAGACCUUUGUUUAAAGCAAUGACAGAAGAUGGAUUUUUGGCCGUAUGUUCAGAAGCUAAAGGUCUUGUUAACUUAAAGCACUCCACAGCUCCUUUUUUAAAAGUGGAGCCGUUUCUUCCUGGGCACUAUGAAGUCUUGGAUUUAAAGCCAAAUGGCAAAGUUGCGUCGGUGGAAAUGGUUAAAUACCAUCACUGCAGAGAUGAGCCCCUGCAUGCCCUCUAUGACAAUGUGGAGAAACUGUUUCCUGGUUUUGAGAUAGAAACUGUGAAGAGCAACCUCCGGAUCCUUUUUGACAAUGCUGUUAAGAAACGUUUGAUGACGGACAGAAGGAUUGGCUGCCUUUUAUCAGGGGGCUUGGAUUCCAGUUUGGUUGCUGCCACCCUGUUGACGCAGCUCAAAGCGGCCCAAGUACAGUACCCCCUGCAGACAUUUGCGAUUGGCAUGGAAGACAGUCCUGAUUUACUGGCUGCUAGAAAGGUGGCAAAUCAUAUUGGGAGUGAACAUCACGAAGUCCUCUUCAACUCAGAGGAAGGUAUUCAGGUCCUGGACGAAGUCAUAUUUUCCUUGGAAACUUAUGACAUUACAACAGUGCGUGCUUCAGUCGGUAUGUACUUAAUUUCUAAGUACAUUCGAAAGAACACAGAUAGCGUGGUCAUCUUCUCUGGAGAAGGUUCAGAUGAACUCACUCAGGGUUACAUAUAUUUUCACAAGGCCCCUUCUCCUGAAAAAGCCGAGGAGGAGAGUGAGAGGCUUCUGAAGGAACUCUAUUUGUUUGAUGUUCUCCGCGCAGAUCGAACUACUGCUGCCCAUGGCCUUGAAUUGAGAGUCCCAUUCCUGGAUCAUCGGUUUUGUUCCUAUUACUUGUCUCUGCCACCAGAUAUGAGAAUUCCCAAGAAUGGGAUAGAAAAACAUCUCCUGAGAGAGACAUUUGAAGACUCUAAUCUGCUACCUAAAGAGAUUCUCUGGCGACCGAAAGAAGCCUUCAGUGAUGGCAUAACCUCAGUCAAGAAUUCCUGGUUUAGGAUUUUACAGGAAUAUAUUGAACAUCAGGUCGACGAUGCAACGAUGGCAGCUGCAGCCCAAAAAUUUCCCUUCAAUACUCCUAAAACUAAAGAAGGCUAUUACUACCGUCAGAUCUUUGAACGCCAUUACCCAGGCCGGGCUGACUGGCUGACCCAUUACUGGAUGCCCAGGUGGAUCAAUGCCACUGACCCUUCUGCCCGCACUCUGACCCAUUACAAGUCAGCCGCCAAAGCUUAGGCCCUCUCUAAGCAAUGGAGUGAAAGUAAAUGUUUCUUCUUCUUAUGAGGGGUAGGGGACUUGGGGUCAGGCAGGGGAACGAAGAGGAUCAAUCAGGCAGGCUUGCUUGGGGGUGAAAAAAAUAAAAGUCUUAAAUCUGAAACACCGA